AUGGCGCUCUCGAUCGAACCUGCGGCGGCUCAGAUGCCUGCUGGUGGAGGCAAAUCGGCUCAUACGCUUGCUAAUGUUGGCGAAUCAAAGCUGAUCUUCAAAGUGAAGUGUUCGAAUAACAACGACUACAGACUGAAGCCUGUUUUCGGAUUCGUCGAUGCUUCAGGAAAUUUGCCGCUUGAAAUCACGAGAACG